AUGCAGUCCAUGAUUGCUCUUAUCGGCUUGGCCAUAGCUAACCUCGCGGUUGCUAGCCCUUGUAAGCCCGGGCACUCAACUUCAGCUGCGCAGAGCCUUUCUCUUACUUCUUCCGUUCCUUCUAUCGCCAUCAGCGAAACGUCAAGUGGGACUCUUCCUCAAUCAAGUACACCUACACAAGAAGAAGAGACCGUCGUCACCAACACUCUUACAGGCGGUGGGUUCAGCGGACCUGACCUCAACAACCCUCCUACGUUCCUUCAAAACUUCCAAGGGACUGGCGAUGUCAAGUUUCAUCAGGGUGGAUGUUUCAAGGAAGACGGCAGCUUGGACAAUGGUUGUGCUUCAUUAACAGCAUCUGGAAACCCAUCCGGCAAGCGUGACCUUGGCUCCAUGGCUAGUAUCUUCCAGAUGCUCAACUCUUUAAACACUGGUGCAAGGAGUCGAUAUACUGUCCAGUUUUACUACAUUGUCGCCUCUGGUGGUAGCCAGGCUUGUACUGUCAGUGCUUCACUGGGCAAUACACAGUUCUACUCCAGCUCUCUUUCCAGCAAUGGCGGUGUAAGUGUCUCGUGGAACCAUGUUCUCACCACUGUCAUUGCCGACUCUGCUUCUGCCGUCUUCUCCAUCUCCAUGUCCUGCACUGGCAAUGGUAUUUCUAUGAUCCUUGUCGACUCGAUCUUUAUUUCGAACCAAGUCACUCCCCAAACCAUUGGCGAUGUCAAGCUUGACUUUGGGACACCUGCAGUUGAUCCUGUAACCACAUCUAAAGCACCUGUCACCACAGGAUCCCCCGAGACUGCUAGCGAAGAGCCGAUCCAUUCAACCAGCGAAGCCUCCCCCUCCGACGUUGAUCAGACUACUGUAUCAGGUGUCAAGUUUCCCACAGAGACAGCUGGAAACCCUAAUCAACCGACAGACGGGUCCCAGAACACAGAUACUGAGUUCACAUCACAUACUCAACCUCCCUCUGACCAGAGCACUGAGGAGACUGCCUCAUCCACCAUCCCUCCCAUAAUCCCCGAACCCAACACGGCUGUGACACAAUCUCAGAAUGAGGAAGCCACUACAACGCCUAGCACUCCAAUGGCUUCAUCUACCGUUCCUCCCAUAGUCCCCAAGCCUAGUACGGCCAUGACCCAGUCAGAAGAGGGGGAAUCCACCCCUACACCUGGCACUUCAGUCAACACUCCCGUCAUUCCCGUUACUCCUGUCGGACCUGCUACAACUUUCACUUCUGGUACACCUGGUACACCUGGUACUCCUGUCCCCACGAGAGACGCUCCUUCUCCCUCAGAGACCUUGUGUUCUCCUAUGUGUAUUCCAAAAGGAGAUGCAUUCGAACGCGACUGGACUUGCAGUGUUCGCGGUAUCUACAGUGGCCCUACCUACACAGUCCCUGAGAACCUCCACCCUGAGAUGUUCACCAGUGAGAACUGUGCUGAAAUCUGCCAGUACCUACCCGACUGCAAGUCGUCCGCUCUGGUUAAUGGAGAGUGUCGUUUCACUGAUGUAUUGAUUCCUAAGUCUGAGAUACAGACUCUGGACAGUACAGCACCAAACCAAGGUUUCUGGAAUGAACAGAGGUGUUUCCAGUGCAACGAUUGUUCUCUGCCACCACUUUUCAAUCCGCCAACAAUGACCCACUCUCAAGCAGAAGUCUCUUCCACCACUGCGCCCGAAGAAACCAGGACUCGGACCAUGGAGGCCUCUCCUACAGAGACAAGAAACAUUGUCUGUGGCUAUGUCGGUCAAUACAGUGGCAAUGGUGGUCCCUAUGAGGCUGACCACACGACCUUCCCCAAGCAGAGCAGUCUGAAAGACUGUAGACAGGUUUGCGAUGGUAUUCGCGACUGCAAGGCGGUUGCGUUUGUGACUUGGAACAAAUACCAAAACCCAGGUUACUGUCUCUUCGCUGACAACCGCAUCACGUGGGAUACUCUGGUGACUGAUGAGCAAGCUGCUUACAGGGCUGUCUGGGCCGAUCCCGAAUGUGACUUUGACCUUAUUUCUGUUCCUGAGCUGUCUUUCCCUACGACAACUAUGGCGCCCGUUGACUCUCAACCCACUACACUGGCUACACGUACUUCUCAACAGCCCGAGACCACGACGACACCUGCUGAAGUCUGUCUCUUCAACCGUGGUCAAUCAUGUACCAUGGCCCCAGGGAAGCUAGAGGCCGGCACCUUCUGCGCUUACGGCGCCAAGUUUAUAGGUGCUCAGUGGAAGGAAAGCCGUGAAGACUACCCUUAUCAGGAUACUCUGGAGCAGUGUGCUGCCAUCUGCCAAACCAUGAAGAAUUGUGAAUCUGCUGGAUACUGGCAGACUGAAAACCGCUGUCUCUUCACCGCCAAGAAGAUCACCGCGGCUGAUUUCACCAUCAACAAUGAACGCAGCUUCGAACACGCUACAUGGACACAUAAGUCCUGCUGGGCAUGCCCAACCUGUCAGGAAACUCCCGCGCCUAUUACUCGCGACAUAACCUGUUCCUACGAACAAGGCGACGUUUGUCAACGUGUGACAUCGAACAAGGACGGUGCUUUGUGUAACUAUCAAGGCUUCUGGGAACUGGAGUGGAGGGAGUCUCUGGACAGAUACCCAGACCAGAGUUCACCUGCAAAGUGUGCUGCUAUCUGCCGUACGAGGGAUGAUUGCAAGGGAUCUGGAUACAAGGAUGGUAGAUGCAUGUUCUCACCUAUUGUCCUCGAGUCCCAGAAGUUUAGAGCUUGGCCGGAUCACUCGAGAGAUGGUGUUUGGGAUGACGUCUCUUGCUUCCAAUGCCCACACUGUGCUUAA